AUGCCACUAGUCCACUCGAUCAUCGUGGCACAAAUGACGCUCCCAUGGCGGCCAUACGAGAACCUCACCCGUGUGCUACUGAUGAACCAGCCCCUACCUUCCUUCUCUGAGCUCAUAUGGACGCUCCGCAGAUGUCCCUCCUUGGACACGUUGGGCCUCGGACUUAGUGGGUCUACCGUGCACGCGAACUUUGCUAGCUAUCUCACCGCGUCCUUUGAGGGCUCGGAGGACGUUGCGCCCAUUGAGUUUCCGCACCUGAACAAUAUGAUACUUGCCGCGCAUCAUGACGUCGCGGCGCCGCUACUUCGCUUGUUGCACUACCCACCAUCGUCGUCCACCGUGUUGAUGCUGAAGCACACGCCACGCUCGCGCGUCACCUCCUCGCACAAUGCCGUAGCGCACGUCACGCGCGCAGCACUCGAGUGCUACUACAUCGAGGAGUCUCAGAUCCUCAACCUGACCGCGCUGACGUGCCAGCCCGCGGUGCAAGUGCACUGGGAGUGGCAGGAGGGCGUCGACGCGUUCGAAGACCCGGCACGAAUGGCGCACAUCGCAGACCUCGUGCGCUUCGCGGGCGUGCAGCACCUGCGCAUCCGCAAACUACAGUACCCGCUCUACCGCCAGGACUGGCUGCACAUCCUCGCGCAGAUGCCCGCGCUGACGGCCGUCGAGCUGAACUCGUGCAUCGCGGACGAGCCGACGCUGUUCGACGCGCUUGCGCGCACCACGACGGGCCCUGCGGGCGAGCCGUGUCUCGCGGUGUGCCCGGCACUCGCGGAAUUCGAGUUCUGCGAGGGGCACGAGUACGGUAUGGAGGCGCUCGAGGCGAUGGUAGCGUGCUUCGAGCGGCGGCGCGAGCUCGGCACGUUAGCAGGCAGGCUUGAGGGCCUGAUCGAGGUCUUUCUGAAAACUUACCUUGAAGCCCUUUACCCUUGGUGGGGUCACUCUUUGUUAUUGGUGACGGUGUUGGUGCUGGUAAAGUUAUUGCAGGUGCUCGUGCUGGUGUUGGUAAUGGGCUUCCCCUCUUGGUCGGACAUGGUCAAAUGUGUCGUAGAGGCGACUAAGUUGUGGGUGUGA